GGCGGGUGCGUGGCGGCGCGGGGGAGGCGGUGCCCCUUCACUCCUCCCUCCUCUCCCUCCCGGCCCCGCGCUGACAGGGGGGCCUGGCCGCGCCGCCGGAUUCUGACACUUCAUGACAUGUCAUUAUCUAGAGCAAUAAUGAACAUUGACCUGUUUCGGAUUAGUUGAUGACCUUUGGCAAUGAUCCAAUAAUAUCCACUACACGGAAGCUGAAUAUACUUCAUUUGGAGUGAAUAGCCCGGAUUGUCACUGGAUUUUUCAAGAUGACAGAUCCAAUGAUGGACUUUUUUGAUGAUGCCAAUCUUUUUGGUGAGACCUUAGAAGGUUUGUCAGAUGAUGCAUUUGUUCAACCAGGACCUGUUUCACUAGUUGAUGAAUUGAACUUAGGCGCAGAAUUUGAGCCUUUGCACAUAGACUCACUGAACCAUGUUCAAGGUACUCCAACACAUCAGAAGAUAACUGAUUAUGAGCAGUUAAAUCAGUUUGACUCAAUGAAAUUUCACCAAGUCAAUCAGCCUUUUGGUAGCCCAGCUGAACAUGUGUUAUCUCCACACUCUCAGUUUAAUUGUUCUCCGAUCCACCCCCAAAACCAGCCCAAUGGUUUGUUUCCAGAUGUAGCAGAUGGCAGUCCAAUGUGGGGCCAUCAGACAGCUACCAGCAUUUCCAAUCAAAAUGGGUCUCCUUUUCACCAACAAGGACAUUCUCACUCUAUGCAUCAAAAUAAAAGCUUUGUGGUACACCAUGACUUUGCCUUAUUUCAGGCCAGUGAACAACAAACACAGUGCACUUCACUACGCUCACAACAAAACAGAAAUAACCUUAACCCAGGGCAGAAUUCUCUCAGCCAGUCUAAAAAUUUUAUGGAUGUUAAUGUUUCUGGUCCGCACAGAGUCAGUGUUAACCACCCUUCACAGAUCCCUAAUGCAUCUACGUCGCAACAGUCUCUUUCAAUGCAGCAAUUUUCCCAAACGUCAAAUCCUUCAGUUCACUUCCUCAAGUGUAGCAAUCCUCAAGAAGGGAAUUUCAAUGGACCUUCUCCAAAUAUGACUUCUUGUUCUGUCAGUAACUCACAGCAGUUUUCUUCACAUUAUUCCUUUUCCAGUAAUCAUGUCUCACCAAACAGUCUUCUGCAGGCCUCUGCAGUGCUUGCACCUAAUCACACAAAUCAGACUUUAUCCGAUUUUACCGGAAGUAACUCCUUUUCACCUCAUAGGGGAAUCAAGCAAGAAUCCACUCAGCAUAUGCUAAAUCCCAAUACAUCGUUGAAUUCAAAUAAUUUCCAAAUGUUGCAUUCAUCACAUCCUCAGGGUAAUUAUAGCAAUUCAAAAUUAUCUCCUGUGCACAUGAACUUCCCAGAUCCUGUUGACUCAGGAACUCAAAUGGGCCAUUUCAAUGAUCACGUAGAAACUAAUGGCUUUUCAUCUUUAGAAGAGAAUUUACUUCAUCAAGUGGAGUCUCAGACUGAGCCGUUUACAGGACUUGACCCAGAAGACCUCCUCCACGAGGGUCUCCUUCCCCAGUUUGACGAGGCCGCAUUUGGACAAGAUCAUUCAAGUCAUGUUUUAGAUCAUGACCUUGAACGGCAGUUUACUUCACAUCUUGUAACUCGGCCUUCGGAUAUGACUCAAACACAGCUGCAUGGCCAGGCUCGGAGUUGGCACUCUUCGCUUUCCAAUCAUCAACAUUUACAUGACAGAAAUCGCCUAUAUUUACAGCGACAGCCUCCAUCUUCCAAGAAGAGUGAUGGUUCUGGGACAUAUACUAAGUUGCAGAAUACCCAGGUGAGGAUCAUGUCCGAGAAGAAGCAGAGAAAAAAAGUGGAAUCAGAAAGCAAGCAAGAAAAGGCUAAUCGGAUAAUAUCAGAAGCCAUAGCAAAAGCAAAGGAACGUGGGGAACGUAAUAUUCCUCGAGUAAUGAGUCCUGAAAACUUUCCUAGUGCUUCAGUUGAAGGAAAAGAAGAAAAGAAAGGUAGACGGAUGAAAUCGAAGCCAAAGGACAAAGAGAGCAAAAAAACAAAAACUUGUUCUAAGUUAAAAGAGAAGACAAAAAUUGGCAAACUCAUUAUUACAUUGGGUAAGAAACAAAAAAGAAAGAAUGAGUCUUCAGAUGAGAUAUCUGAUACAGAGCAGAUGCCACAGCAUACAUGCAAAGAGGAAGACUCUCAAAAAAGAAGAUCAAAUCGUCAAAUUAAAAGAAAAAAAUAUGCAGAAGAUGUAGAAGGGAAGCAAUCUGAAGAAGAGGUUAAAGGUUCUAUGAAAAUAAAAAAGAAUUCAGCUCCUUUACCUGGCGAACAGCCUUUACAGUUAUUUGUGGAGAAUCCAAGUGAAGAAGAUGCUGCAAUUGUAGACAAAAUACUAUCUUCUAGAAUUGUAAAAAAGGAAGUAUCACCUGGAGUAAUGAUUGAUACAGAAGAAUUUUUUGUAAAAUAUAAGAAUUACUCCUAUCUUCACUGUGAGUGGGCCACUGAACAGCAGCUUCUGAAAGAUAAAAGGAUCCAGCAGAAAAUCAAACGAUUCAAAUUGAGACAAGCACAAAGAGCACAUUUUUUUGCUGAUAUGGAAGAGGAACCAUUUAACCCAGACUACGUUGAAGUAGACAGAGUAUUAGAAGUCUCUUUUUGUGAAGAUAAAGAUACUGGUGAGCCUGUUAUUUACUACUUAGUAAAGUGGUGCUCGUUACCAUACGAAGAUAGUACAUGGGAACUAAAAGAAGACGUAGAUCUUGCAAAAAUAGAAGAGUUUGAACAGUUACAAGCUUCAAGGCCUGACACAAGACAUUUGGAUCGUCCUCCUGCUAAUAUUUGGAAAAAAAUUGAUCAAUCCAGGGACUAUAAAAAUGGCAAUCAACUCAGGGAAUAUCAACUAGAAGGACUCAACUGGCUCUUGUUCAAUUGGUACAAUAGACGAAACUGCAUUUUAGCAGAUGAAAUGGGUCUUGGCAAAACCAUUCAAUCAAUUACAUUCCUCUACGAAAUCCUUCUGACUGGUAUAAGAGGACCUUUCCUGAUUAUUGCUCCGCUUUCUACUAUUGCAAACUGGGAGAGAGAAUUUCGUACGUGGACUGAUAUUAAUGUUGUGGUUUAUCAUGGGAGCCUGAUUAGCAGACAGAUGAUACAGCAAUAUGAGAUGUACUUCAGGGACUCACAGGGGCGUAUCAUUCGAGGAGCUUACAGAUUCCAAGCCAUCAUCACCACUUUUGAAAUGAUUCUUGGUGGCUGUGGAGAGCUUAAUGCAAUUGAAUGGCGAUGUGUGAUUAUUGAUGAAGCACAUAGGUUAAAAAAUAAAAAUUGUAAACUUCUAGAAGGUCUGAAACUCAUGAAUCUGGAACACAAGGUGCUUCUGACUGGCACACCUCUCCAAAAUACAGUAGAAGAACUGUUCAGUCUUCUUCACUUUCUGGAACCUUUAAGGUUUCCUUCUGAAUCAACAUUUAUGCAAGAAUUUGGGGAUCUGAAAACAGAGGAGCAGGUGCAGAAACUUCAGGCUAUUCUAAAGCCAAUGAUGUUGAGAAGAUUGAAAGAAGAUGUGGAAAAGAAGCUGGCACCAAAGGAAGAAACCAUCAUUGAAGUGGAACUUACUAACAUUCAGAAGAAAUACUACCGGGCUAUUUUGGAGAAGAACUUCUCAUUUUUAUCCAAAGGAGCAGGGCAGACUAAUGUCCCUAACUUGGUCAAUACCAUGAUGGAGCUCAGGAAGUGCUGUAACCAUCCGUAUCUUAUCAAAGGUGCUGAGGAGAAAAUACUUGGAGAAUUUAGAGAUACAUAUAAUCCAGCUGCUUCUGAUUUUCAUCUUCAAGCAAUGAUCCAGUCUGCUGGUAAAUUGGUCCUUAUUGAUAAAUUGCUUCCCAAAAUGAAAGCUGGAGGUCAUAAAGUGCUCAUCUUCUCUCAGAUGGUACGCUGCCUUGACAUCCUGGAGGACUAUCUCAUUCAUAAAAGGUACUUGUAUGAACGAAUCGAUGGAAGGGUCAGAGGGAAUCUUCGACAAGCUGCUAUAGAUCGAUUUAGUAAACCUGAUUCAGAUCGGUUUGUUUUCCUUCUGUGUACCCGAGCUGGUGGGUUGGGCAUUAACCUAACUGCUGCUGAUACGUGUAUAAUUUUUGAUUCUGAUUGGAAUCCUCAGAAUGACCUGCAGGCCCAAGCUCGUUGCCACAGAAUUGGUCAGAAUAAAGCAGUUAAAGUCUACCGACUAGUAACUCGUAACUCAUAUGAGAGAGAGAUGUUUGACCGAGCCAGUCUGAAACUGGGUCUAGAUAAGGCUGUGUUACAGAGCAUGAGUGGAAGAGAAAGUAAUGUUGGUGGUAUUCAACAGCUUUCCAAAAAGGAAAUAGAAGAUCUGCUUCGAAGAGGUGCUUAUGGUGCCAUUAUGGAGGAAGAAGAUGAAGGCUCUAAAUUCUGUGAGGAGGAUAUCGAUCAGAUUUUACUACGUCGGACAAAAACUAUAACAAUUGAGUCAGAAGGACGUGGGUCAACAUUUGCCAAGGCAAGCUUUGUGGCAUCUGGGAAUCGGACAGAUAUUUCCUUAGAUGAUCCCAACUUCUGGCAAAAAUGGGCUAAAAAGGCAGAAAUAGAUAUAGAUGCCAUCAGUGGCAGAAACAGCUUGGUUAUUGACACGCCAAGAAUUAGGAAGCAAACAAGACCCUUUAGUGCCACGAAAGAGGAGUUGGCUGAGUUAUCUGAAGCCGAAAGUGAAGGAGAUGAAAAGCCCAAACUCCGGAGACCCUGUGACCGUUCCAACGGCUAUGGAAGAACUGAAUGCUUUCGAGUAGAGAAAAAUCUUCUAGUUUAUGGGUGGGGCCGAUGGAGAGAGAUUCUGUCUCACGGCCGUUUUAAAAGACAGCUGAACGAGCACGAUGUAGAAAUAAUUUGCCGAGCCCUCUUAGCGUAUUGCCUUGUUCACUACAGAGGAGAUGAGAAAAUUAAAGGCUUCAUAUGGGAUCUCAUUACUCCAACGGAAGAUGGGCAGACACGAGAGCUACAGAAUCAUCUAGGCCUAUCAGCCCCUGUACCCAGGGGUCGAAAAGGGAAGAAAGUAAAGACUCAAACAAGCUCAUUUGAUAUACAGAAAGCAGAAUGGCUUCGAAAAUACAAUCCUGAGCAGCUACUUCAAGACGAAGGAUACAAAAAACAUAUAAAACACCACUGUAAUAAGGUUUUGCUUCGUGUAAGAAUGCUCUAUUACCUAAAGCAAGAAGUUAUUGGAAACGAGUGUCAGAAAGUAUUUGAUGGAGUUGAUGCAAGUGACAUUGAUGUUUGGGUCCCAGAACCAGACCACUCAGAAGUUCCUGCUGAAUGGUGGGAUUUUGAUGCUGAUAAGUCACUUCUUAUUGGAGUCUUUAAACAUGGUUAUGAAAAAUAUAACACCAUCCGAGCAGACCCAGCAUUAUGCUUCUUGGAAAGAGUGGGAAAACCUGAUGAGAAAGCAGUUGCUGCAGAACAGAGGGCAAAUGAUUACAUGGAUGGGGAUGUGGAAGAUCCAGAAUACAAACCCGCCCCAGCUCUCUUUAAAGAUGAUAUAGAGGAUGAUGUGUCUUCACCAGGAGAUCUUGUUAUAGCAGAUGGAGAUGGUCAGCUGAUGGAAGGUGAUAAAAUUUAUUGGCCGACUCAGUCAGCUUUAACUACUCGUUUGAGGCGUCUCAUCACUGCAUAUCAGCGUACUAAUAAAAACAGACAAAUCCAGCAGAUACAGCCUACUUUCUCAGUGCCUGCCAGUGUAAUGCAGCCUCUUUACGAAGAAGCCACCCUCAAUCCUAAAAUGGCAGCCAAGAUAGAAAGACAGCAGAGAUGGACAAGAAGAGAAGAAGCUGACUUUUAUAGAGUAGUGUCUACAUUUGGAGUGGUAUUUGACCCUGAUAGAGGCCAAUUUGAUUGGACAAAAUUUAGAGCUAUGGCUAGGCUGCAUAAGAAAACCGAUGAUAGCUUGGAGAAGUAUUUGUACGCAUUCAUGUCUAUGUGUCGGAGGGUUUGUCGUCUUCCUUCCAAAGAAGAAUUGGUGGAUCCAAAUAUUUUUAUCCAGCCAAUCACAGAAGAACGUGCUUCUAGGACUUUGUACCGUAUUGAACUUCUAAGGAAAGUACGGGAACAGGCCCUCCGGCACCCACAACUGUUUGAACGCUUGAAGCUUUGCCAUCCAAAUCCAGACUUACCAGUCUGGUGGGAAUGUGGCCCUCAUGAUAGGGACUUGCUCAUUGGAGCUGCUAAACACGGGGUGAGCCGAACAGACUAUCACAUUCUUCGUGAUCCUGAACUCUCCUUUAUGGCAGCUCAAAGGAACUACAGUCAAAGUAAGAUGGCUCAUUCAAGGACUUCUACCCCACUUUUACAGCAAUAUCAAGUAGCACUUUCUGCUUCUCCUCUUACCUCUCUACCUAGGCUCCUAGAUGCUAAAGGUAUUAUUCUAGAGGAUAUGAAAGUUAAAAGUGAAAAUCUUAAAGAGGAGCCUCAGUCUUCUGAAGAAGAAUCUAUGUCUUCUGAGGAAACCAGGACACUAAUAAAGUCUGAGCCUGUAAGUCCAAAGAACGGUGUUUUACCGCAGGCCACUGGAGACCAGAAAUCUGGUGGAAAAGGUGAAACAGACAGACGCAUGGUUGCAGCCAGAACAGAACCCCUCACUCCAAACCCAGCUUCUAAGAAACAGCGAGUCCACAAAAGAGGAUCCGAAUCUAGUUCUGAGUCUGACUCUGAUUCUGAGAGAUCAUCCUGUUCUUCCAGAUCAUCUUCUUCCUCGUCUUCCUCCUCCUCUUGCUCCCACUCUCGAUCAGGCUCUAGUUCUUCCUCAUCCUCCUCUUGUUCUUCAGCAUCAUCUUCAUCCUCAUCCUCAUCCUCUUCCUCAUCAUCCUCCUCCUCAUCUUCAUCAGAAGAAAGUGACAGUGAAGAAGAAGAAGUCCAAAAGCGAGCAGAAGGUACCCCUCACGUGAAAGCCUAUGAUGAGGAGAGUGUCGCGUCACUGAGCACUACCCAGGACGAGACCCAGGAUAGUUUCCAGAUGAACAAUGGGACGCCAGAAUCCACUUACAUCUUACAAGGGGGAUACAUGCUAGCAGCUUCAUACUGGCCGAAGGACCGUGUGAUGAUCAACCGGCUGGACAGUAUUUGUCAAACAGUGCUGAAAGGGAAGUGGCCUUCAGCUCGAAGAAGUUACGAUGCCAACACAGUGGCUUCUUUCUAUACCACAAAACUGCUGGACAGUCCUGGCGCGGCUACAGAAUACAGUGAACCCAGUGUACCCACUCCCCCAGGUGCCGGUGUUAAAGAAGAACACGAUCCGUCAACACAGAUGUCAAAGGUGAAGAAGCAUGUACGAGAAAAGGAGUUUACAGUGAAAAUCAAAGACGAAGGUGGUUUGAAGUUGACAUUUCAGAAGCAAGGGCUUGCUCAGAAGAGACCACUGGACAGUGAAGACGGUGCUCUGGGACAACAGCAGUAUCUGACUCGGCUCCGGGAGCUGCAGAGCGCGUCAGAGACCAGCCUCGCCAAUUUCCCCACAUCCACACCAGUAUCAGGUACUUCCAUUCAGUCAACCCUUGGUGCCAAUGGCGUUAGAUUAGACAACCAGCCUAUAGUCAAAAAAAGGCGGGGAAGAAGGAAGAAUGUAGAAGGUGUUGACAUCCUCUUUUUUAACAGAAAUAAACCACCUAACCAUGUUACUUUGGGCUUGACCACCUCACAGAUUUCUACAGGGAUGACUCCAGCACUGUCCUACACUCAACCUCAAGGAAUUCCUGAUACGGAAAGUCCAGUUCCAGUCAUUAACCUCAAAGACGGGACAAGACUCGCAGGCGAUGAUGCGCCAAAGAGAAAGGAUUUGGAAAAAUGGCUUAAGGAGCACCCAGGUUAUGUGGAAGAUUUAGGAGCUUUUAUUCCUAGAGUGCAGCUCCAUGAAGGGAGGCCCAAACAAAAAAGGCAUCGUUGCAGAAACCCUAAUAAACUCGAUGUUAAUAGUCUUACUGGAGACGAACGUGUUCAGCUGAUCAACAGAAGAAAUGCCAGGAAGGUUGGAGGUGCAUUUGCUCCACCUUUGAAAGACUUAUGUAGAUUCCUAAAAGAGAAUUCAGAAUACGGAGUAGCUCCUGAAUGGGGAGAUGUUGUUAAGCAAUCUGGAUUUCUUCCAGAGAGUAUGUUUGAGCGUAUUCUCACUGGUCCUGUUGUGAGAGAAGAAGUCAGCAGGCGUGGGCGACGGCCUAAAAGUGGAAUUGCCAAGGCCACGGCGGCGGCGGCGGCAGCAACUGCCACCAGCGUGUCAGGCAAUCCUUUGUUAGCCAAUGGAUUACUUCCAGGUGUGGAUCUCACAACCCUUCAGGCCUUACAACAAAACCUACAAAACUUGCAGUCUCUGCAAGUAACCGCGGGGCUGAUGGGAAUGCCUGCCGGUCUUUCUUCUGGAGGAGAAGCUAAAAAUGUGGCCGCCAUGUUCCCCAUGCUGCUGUCAGGAAUGACUGGCUUACCUAAUCUGCUGGGCAUGGGGGGGCUCCUGACAAAGCCUACUGAAUCUGGAACCGAAGAGAAAAAGGGAAAUGACUCGAAGGAGCUAGAAGGAAAAAAAGAAAGGACAGAGGGUCAAAAUUCAGAGAACGGGGGAGAAAACUCCGUGUCGAGUUCUCCUUCCACGUCCUCUACUGCUGCAUUAAGUACAGCUGCAGCCGCCAACCCGCUAGCUCUUAACCCACUACUGCUGUCUAAUAUACUCUACCCAGGGAUGCUGCUCACUCCAGGCCUUAAUCUCCACAUGCCAACUUCGUCCCAGUCCAAUACUUUUGACAUACAGAAAAACAGAAACAGUGACUUGGGCUCGUCUAAGUCCCAGGAAGUAAAGGAGGAAGAGUCCAGAGGUAGAGACCAGGAGGACAAAGGGGGAACUGAAGCAAGUCCUCUCAACGAGAACAGCACAGAUGAGGGUUCAGAGAAACCUGAUGCUUCGUCUGGAUCUGACAGUACGUCGUCGUCGUCCGAGGAUUCAGAUUCGAGUAACGAAGACUGACUCCCAGACUGCACUUAAAUUAUGAACUGAUUUUGGAUUUUUUUUUCUUUAAUUAUGAAUUGUAAAUACCCCAGUGUUGAGUGCAUCAGUAACUUACUGACCGAACAUUUCAGUUAUUUGUUUAGAAGUGCAAACUGCUUUCAGAGACGUUUUGCAUGUACUAUUUCUUAAGAUCCGUAUAAGUUUCUGAACUCGUAUGUACUAUCAAAUACAUAAAGGUGUAAAAUUACAACAAAAAGGCAUUAUAAUUUUGUUGGGGGUUAAUUUUAUGAAAAUUAUGCUCCAUGAGAGUUGUAUAUUUAAUAUAUUUGCAGAGAACACAGCAUACUUGAUGCAUAUUUACUGAUUUAAUUUGAAUAUAGUUUUACAGCCUCCUUGACACCUAUAAUUUACAGAUCAAAACUCAGCAAUAAUUUGGGCAGCUAAUGAAUGUCAUGAAAGCUGUAGAGUCUACAUCACCAUCCACUGCUUUAAUUCCAUGAAAACGCUCUCGUGUCGUGAUGCACUGCUGACGUUUCCAAUUCAGGUACAAGUGUGUUUUAAAGAAGAAAUAAGUUUCCCAAUCAGCCAAUUGAACUGGCUACCUGUUACCUCAGCUGAGUUAGUUUAGGAAGUUUACAUUCGUUUCUAAUUCUCUACUUGUUUUCAGGGGUUUUUUAAACGCAUCCUCUAUAUCAUGUUGAUCUGGCAAGAAAUCUGACUUGCUUUCGGCUGAGCUUAACUCUGAUAUCAGUAAAAUUAAGUCCUACAAGAGUCCUGAGUCAUGGGACUUUGGCGCCCUCUAGACAUACUUAGUUUUACUUUUUCAAAGUUUGGCCUCCUCUAAAGAAAUCAUUCUGUCUCUGAUGAGUAAUGUCUGUUUCCAGGGUUCAGAAAAGGCAAACUCAUGAAAUACCACUGAGAAGAUCUUUCCACACAGCAUACUUCAUGUAAAAGAAACCGUUGGUUUGCUUUAUUCGUGUAGAUUUCUCUGUGUUUUAUGUCAUGGAACUGUUCCAACAUGAGCAGGUCUUAGUGAUAAAGUAAUAUGCAGAAUAGUCUAAAUUCUUUUUUUUUUUUUUUUUUUUUAGUUGCUAGGUAUAAGCAGACUAAAUGUUGCCCAGAAUCAGUGUUGGGUUAUCAGUUUAUAUUAAAUAUACUGAGUUGGCCCAUUUUGAAUAUGCACUUUGAAUGAUCUCAAAAAAAUUUAUACAUGUUAUACCUGUCAACCACAAAAAUGAAGCCCAAGGCUUCUGAUCAAUUUCUUAGAACCCUUUAUCAUGUAAAAUUUGUCUGAUAUUUGAUUUGUGAUACAGUUUCUCCUGCUAAAGCUGCUAUUAAUUCCGAUAAGAUGGAGAGUUCCAGGAUCACCUUCAUGUACAUUAAAAACAAUUAGAAAUGAAUUGGACACAAAAUAACAUUUACAUCCUAAGGAGAGAAAGAUGUUAGCAUUUUUCUGAUACUUGGAUAAGUCAGUGAUUAAGUUUGCGAGGGGCUAAAUUUAGGGGGGAAAGUACCCCACUUCUCUCCCACAGAAAAAAAUAACUCAGUACGUUUUGAUAGAACUUUGUUGUUUCGUCAUAAAUCCAGCAAUUAUAUUGGAUUUUCCCAGAUCUUUACCAGUAAAUUAUGUUUCUGUAUGUAAGAUAACUAAUCCCUCACUAGAGAGACAGUGUUACAUGUAUUUACAAAAUCAUUUAAGUUCCAUUGAGAUUGUAUUGAUUUUUGUAUUUUUCCCAAAAUAGUACUUUGAAUUGAUAGUUCUUUAUGCAAUGUCUUAGCAAUAGUCACUGUAAUGCCCAUCCAGGAGAAGUGGGUAGUAAUUCUUCAUCAUGAAAAUGAUAUAUUACAUAUUUAGUAUCUUCCCUUUGCAGUAUUGCACUUUUGUUUAACUAGAACACACCUAUGAGAUAGCCAAAGUUUUUCAAACACAGUUAACUUAGUUUG